UGCGCAGAUAACUUCACAUCAACCGUGAAUUCGACUGGCACAUAAAACUUGCUGCGGGCUCUACGCGCAGAUAAGUGUGUGUGCACGUUUACCGAACUUUAGUGGGCUUCUAAUAUCGGCUGUCCAUACGCUCUUGCACCCAAGCCAGAUGGACACAUUUAUCUGUCUUGCAUAUUUCUGGAGUUGGAUAAGAGAUGACGGGUCCAUAGCGGACGCAUAAGGUGGCCUAAAUCACAAUCAAAGAGGAAUAACAACUGGGGCGACAACUGAAGACAACCUCCGAAGUUGGCAUGAAGCCGCGCUCAUUGUAACUCAAUCAAUCGAAAGGUUUAUGUCCAGUAUUUUUGCUUAAAUACUCUACAAUAUUUCUGCAUGAAUAUAUUUUAAAAAGACGAUCUCAUCUGGCUUGGUUAAUAUUAUUUUGAAAUUAUGAUUCGUGUCACGAUGAACUCCAGACGCACGCCGUUUUGUCUGGCUGGUUGGGAGUCAAUGGUGCUGUCCAGCGUCCUUCUUUUUCACGUCAUUCCUUUGUAUGCUAAUGGCAGUUUAUUCAUCUCCAGUUCUACUCACACUAACGCUUCACACUCAAAGAGGGUGGGGCUUAAGCCUGCACUUCCUGGUGUGGCCACACCCAUCACCCUGGCUCAAACUCACUAUUGGAAACCACAAGCUGGGGAGGAUUCUGGCAGCAGUGGAGAAAGUGGGACCUCAACCAGUGCAACCAUUAACAUCAGUGCUGGUUCUGCUGAGCGAGAACACCUGAUUGAUCUGAUACUAGGUGGCAUGGCUGCCAGACUGCCCACUCUGGCUGAACCCCAGACACGUGGCCAGCCCCAGCUAAACUUCAAUAAGGAGGUCAUUGAUGACAGCGCCCCACGUUGGAAGAGCGAGAGACUACAAGCAGAUGGGACAUUGUUAGAACUUGACCCAAUGCAUCCAAACACACAUUCUCCUCGUUAUGAUUCAGCCCAUCCCCAACCAGAGGAUAUUAUCACAGUGAAUUUUUACAAUCCUCCUCCCCAUCAUAUCAUCCCCGAUCCUCCUGCUCAGGCUCACAAGCUCCAAGGAGGAGAUCCAACAUCCUGGACACUCUCUGACUUUUAUGAUUAUCUGUCACCUGACUAUUCCACCACCGAAGUUUACCCUGAUGAGAGCCAACCAACACCUCCUGAUAUGGAAGAUGAAAAUGUCCGUCUUGUUGCCGGUGCUGUGCCCUCUAACAUGAAACCUUUUGCCUCUGGUGAUGGUGUGUCUGUAGGUUAUGACUCUGCAGGAGCAUUGGAUCUGGCAGACAACUCAGGUUGUCUUCUUGGAUUUGUACGUAGCAAUGGCACAUGUGUCUCGCCAUGUGAGAUCUACACCAGUUACUGCUUCAAUGGAGGACAGUGUUAUGUGGUUGACGGUAUUGGUGCUUUCUGCAGGUGUAAUGUGCAGGAGUAUAUCUGGAACAAGGGAUCCAGGUGUGAAUCUGUCAUUUCAGACUUCCAGGUGAUGUGUAUGGCAGUGGGUGGGGUCACCAUCAUGUUGCUCCUCCUCUUUAUGGUUAUCGUCUUUUUCUCCAAGAGGCUGCACCUGCUUAAGACCGAAAACAGACGACUUCGCAAGCGCAGCAAGUACCGGCCACAGUCGGGGCAGCUUGUCGAUAACUUCUCGCUGUCUACCGUUGCAGAGGGCUCUCAGGCAAAUGUAAGGAAACUGUGUGACACCCUGACUAAUCUCCCUCAUGCCCGCGCUUUGGCUUACUAUGAUAACAUUAUUUGUCAGGAUGACAAUGCCAAGGAGGAGCCAGUCAAAAUUUCCCCUAAAGAGGACGAGUCUCUGAACAUCCAGAACUCACUCACGGCAAAACCUGAAAAGAACAAGGCUGCCAGUGAAGACAAUGCAGAGGAGGUAAACUCACUGCAGAACAACAUGAACGUGUAGUACCACCCAUUUGCCACAGGCUGGCGCUGUGACUGUAACAAGGCUCACUCACCAGACGUUCCCCCAUGAUUAUUAAAAUUCCAUAAUGGUCACAAAUUAAAGAUCCCAUGAAAUCGCUUGACGAGUGCAGUUUUCUGUGCUUUGUUGAUGUAUUUUCUAUUGACGCAGGAAGUUUGGGCGGGACAUAUCGAAGCCAGAAUUGCCAAUAGACUUUAGCUUUGUCACAGUCAUUAACCAUGAUUUGCUACUAGCUGUUCAGUUGCAGGGGAGAGCAUUUGAUUGGAAACAAAUCUGUGUAGAGCAACAGUGCCUGCCCACUUUAGGAAGUACUAUCCCCAUUAUUUUUUCAUAGGGAUUUCAGAAAAUCUUUCAUAAAAGAGUUCAAAACAUGAACCAAACCAACUAGCUCCAAGGUGAAUCACAUGAUUACAAACUUUGAUCUAACAUGGUGAUCUACCUUGCACCCACCUUUAGAUGGUGAAAAUUUAGGCUUCAAAACACACAACCGAAUCACGGAACUAGCAUGCUAACCCAUGACGGUGCUCUGUCACUCUUGUAGCGAUAAGAGUACCCUACCAGCACAUUGGUGUUACCACUUUUACCUCGUCUUUGCUUGCUGUCACUGCUGAUGUCAUGCUGCAUCAUGUUUAUGUCAAGCUUUGUUAUGCUAUGUUCCGCUAAGUCACACUAAGCUAUGAGACGCUUCACCCAAACCCAAAGGUUUAGCCUUAGGUUUACAACCUUUGAUCUUGUACCUUCAAUGUGACCAACACCUUCACCUUCUAAACUCCUCCUUGUCCUGCCUUACUCCAAGUCAGCAUGCAUUGGUAUUCUUUCAUAAACAAGAAAAUGUUUUAUGGGAAAUAACAUAGCUAAUUAGACAGUGUUAAAAAAAAAUUCCUGAAAUUUGUAGAUGUUUGUUGACUUAUUCAGUGAAUAUGUCUAAGUAUACAUUCAAAUACUGCUUGGAUUGAUAUUUAUAUGCAGUAUCAUACUGCUUUAAACUCAUGUGUCUUGAAAUUAAUUGAUUUAGAAUUAUUUUGAUGUAUUAAGAUUUUUGUUUUUGUACAUUUUUGGAGAUAAAGCAAAUGAGAAUAAAGUCAGUUUGUUUGGAAUAAAACAGUUGAUCAGUACACAAAUGAGUGCUAGUGUAUUCCUGAACUGCACCACUCCUGUUCUUACUCCUUCACUUUUACUGCUCCUCUUACACUUUUGCUUUGCUCCUGUGCAUGGCUUUAGCAUUCCUGUGGUACUGCAAACCUUACUGGACAUUUCACUUUCAUAACAAUGCUUUAAAUAUGAAAAUAGACUGAAUUUACAUAGUGGGUAUGUAUAAUUUGGAAAAAACAUAAAUACUUUCCAUCACAUUUUUAUUUGCAACUGCAACCAGUCCAUUCUGGCUGUGAUUUGGUGAAUUGGCUGAUUUCACAAAAUAGCAACAAAUUCAUGUAAUUGGCAACAGAUUACAAUAAGUUUGAAUUUGUUAACAUU